UUCUCUGUUUUUUGUUUGUCUUUACAACUGAACGUGAUUAAGCGGUGGAAAACAACGCUAUAAAAGCCAAUUUAACAGCAUAUUUUGGAAAAUGACCCGAAACGGAGCAGAUACCAGAAUAUGUGCACCAUCACGGAUUUCAUUAGUGAGCCAGAGGAACAGCAGCUGCACGAGGAGAUCGAGCCCUAUAUGAGUCGUCUGCGCUACGAGUUCGAUCACUGGGACGAUGCCAUACACGGUUUUCGGGAGACGGAGCGGAAAAAGUGGUUCCCUAAAAACAGAGAGGUCCUGGAGCGCGUGCGCCAAGUCGCCUUCGAUGGAGCAGUUAUGCCCUAUGUCCACAUCCUGGAGCUUGCACCCGAUGGUGUUAUCAAGCCCCAUGUGGAUAGCACGAGAGUAGGUCCAUAA